UGUAUCGGUGCAUAUAUACAUCGCCUAGCAGCACAAACGACAAGGAGAGCAAAGGAAACUUGAAGACUCAGGUGGAGAUUCACAACAUCGAUAGAGUAGAGCCUUGGGGAAUUGGCUACGUUGUAAUGCUGGCUCGCUUCACUCUGUCAUCGACGUGCUGGACGAUCAAGGAUCAAAACUUCAAUUACAGCAAAUUUCUGGGCAAGGGUCCAAAUAUCCCAUGGGUGAAAGACACCUUGGCUUGGUGGAACACGCAGGUAUGCUUCCGCAAGCCUAGGAGCUCUUCGUCUGCGGAUGAAGAUUCAGACCCAGAAAAUGAAUACGCCGUCUCUGUGGAGGAGCUUCUGCCAUCUGGAGGCCGCUGCAGCAACCCGAGCUUCGAGGAACAACAGAAAGGUCCAGAAGGUUUCGGAAGCUGCUCGCCAACUCAGGAGCCUCAGGAAACUCAGGAAACGCUGUUCCCGACUCUUCAAAUAGAACCUUACCGCCAUCCCACCCCGUCCAUCCCUCAGCCACCGUCCCUCAACCACCCAUCCCUCAGCUGCCCAUGCUUUUGAU